UUAUUUCUCAUUUUUCCGGUAAAAUACCAAUUCUUGGUAUUUGUAUGGGUGAACAAUGCAUUUUUGAAAUAUUUCGUGGUAGGGUUGAUUAUGCUGGUGAAAUAGUUCAUGGAAUUCAAUUUCAUCCAGAAAGCAUUCUUAGUGAACAUGGAAAAAUCCUGCUUGGAAAUUUUUUGAAUCUUAAAGGUGGAACAUGGGAUGAAAACCCAGAGUUUAAGGUUAAACCUCCAUUAGCAAAAACCAAAGUUAAAGAAGACUCAGUUUCCAGCAUAUUAGAAAAAAUAGUCCUACAAAGAUACAAUGAUGUUGAAGCAGUCAAAAAACAACCAGGAUCAUCACCAUACAAUUUGAAAAGAUUAUUAUCGCUUCAUAUAGCUCCACCUUUAAUAGAUUUUUCUGCCAGACUUAGACAAACCUUGCCAAAAUAUCCAGCAAUAAUGGCAGAAGUUAAAAGAGUCUCACCCAAACCAAAAUGGUUUAAAGGAUCAUUGGAUGACAUGAGACAAGCCCAUGAUAUUUUAUCUAGUAUUCCAAACAGACCAGCUGUUCUACGAAAAGAUUUUAUUAUUGAUACUUAUCAGAUAAUGAAAGCUAGAAUAUAUGGUACAGAUACUGUGUUAUUAAUAGUUGCCAUAUUAGAUGAUGAAAAAUUAGCAAAAUUAUAUAACUUUGCAAAAUCUCUUGGGAUGGAACUGUUGGUAGAAGUUAACAGCAAAGAAGAGAUGACAAGGGCAAUCAAAUUAGGAGCAAAGGUUGAUCUAUCUACAACCUCACAAUUGGCCAAAAUGGUACAUGAAGGUGAGGCAAUAAUGAAAGCUCAAGAUAAAAAGGCUUUUAUUGAUGAAAUAUUAGGAAUCAAAAAGGUAGAAACUAAACCUACUAUUACCAAGUCUCCCAUCACAAUCACGGCUACAGAAUUGGGUGCAGACCUUAUAGGAGUGAUAUUUGCCAAAGAUUCAAGAAGGAAAGUAACACUUGAUCUAUCUUUGGAAAUAGUUAAUGUUAUUCGUGAAAUGCAAUCUGAUGAUUCUAAUAACAUUAAAAAGGAAGAUGGGGAAAGUGAGGAAAAUAUAAAUGAUUUGGAAAACUUACCAAGUAAUUAUGACUGGUUUAGGUCACAUGCAGAUACAAUUUACACAUAUAAAAAACCAUUAACAAUGGGGCCAGUAAUUAAAGCAUUUCAUAUUGAUGAACAUUUUUGUGCUCCAACACUAAUCACACAAAUAAAAAAUAAUAAAGAUGUUGUCAAUAACAAAUUUCCAAUAAUUUUGGCAGGAGGAUUGAAUCCUGAAAAUGUAAAAGAGGCAAUUGAAAAGGUAAAACCUUGGUGUGUUGAUGUGUCAAGUGGAGUGGAAACAGAUCAACAAAAAAACAAUGAUAAAAUUAAAGAAUUUAUUCAAAGGGCCAAAUCAAUCAUUUAUAAAGAUGAGAUUAUUGAAACAGAAGAGAAAAGUCAAGAUUAUGAAAAGCAAAAUGGAAAAUCAAUCAAUGAAAAAUUAUAUACAACUUUUUUCAUGUCUUCAUGUUCAACUCUCAUGAAAGGAUUAAACUUAAAUUCAUCACCAAUAGUACUAGGCACU